AUGGGUUGUGUGAACUCCAAGAAACAUCUAACAGGAGAAACCAAUACGGUUUCUCCUGUUGGGCCUUAUGUUUAUACGAGUUCGCGAAAAAGGAGCAAUGGUUCUGGUAGAAGCAUGGUAGCGGAGGCUUCUUCUUCUUCUAGAGGACAUUCUGGUGUUAUUGUCACACAACAACAAAACCAACAGGCAGAGCUGAAGAAAAAGGAAGAAAGGAAAAAGGGAGAUUUGAAUGUGAAGAUUGCUUUGUCACAUAGGUUUGUUGAAGGUGAACUGGUUGCUGCUGGUUGGCCUUCUUGGCUUACUUCUGUUGCUGGUGAAGCCAUUCAUGGUUUGGUUCCUCUCAAAACUGAUUCUUUUGAGAAAUUAGAUAAGGUUGGACAAGGUACAUAUAGCAGUGUUUUCCAAGCUCGCGAAGUAGAGACCGGGAAGAUGUUUGCCUUGAAGAAGGUGCGACUUGACACACUUCAACCAGAGUGCAUUAGGUUCAUGGCGCGGGAGAUCAUAAUUCUCCGCACACUUGACCACCCUAACAUCAUGAAAUUAGAGGGUAUAGUCACUUCACAAUUAUCAAAUAGUAUAUACCUUGUAUUCGAAUACAUGGAGCACGAUCUCGCUGGCCUAAUAUCUAACCCCGAUAUCAAGUUCACAGACUCACAGAUUAAGUGUUACAUGAGACAACUAUUGAGUGGAAUCGAGCACUGUCACCUACGAGGUAUCAUUCAUCGAGACAUUAAAGUAUCAAACAUAUUAGUUAACAACAAAGGAAUUCUAAAGAUCGGAGACUUUGGAUUAGCAAACACUAUUAGCCAAAGUUGCAAGCAUCCUUUAACAAGCCGCGUAGUGACUCUAUGGUAUCGUCCUCCCGAGCUUUUGAUGGGAUCAACGAACUAUGGAGUUACAGUCGAUCUAUGGAGCGUAGGGUGUGUGUUUGCCGAACUUUUUCUAGGGAAGCCCGUCCUUAAGGGGAGAACUGAGGUGGAACAAUUGCACAAAAUUUUUAAGCUUUGCGGGUCUCCACCCGAAGAGUUUUGGAAAAAGAGUAAGCUUCCUCUUGCAACAAUACCUUACUCUCCAUUGAUCCAUCCAAACGCGGGUACUGCCUCUUCCGCGCUUAUGUCCGAGUAUUUCAACACCGCACCGUAUGCUUGUAAUCCAUCACUUCUGCCAAAAUAUCUACCAAGUAAAGAAAUGGAUGCUAAAAAUAGAGAAGACCAGCAAAGGAAAAAGAAUGGAGGUAAAGUGCGAGAACGAGAUGCCGUUACGUCUGGAAGGCAAAGACGAGCCCAUAAAAAUGUGCAGGAUCCUCACAAUGUCAACAAACCAGAUUGGAAAGAGGGAAUGCAGAAUAUUUCUCUGAAUUCUGGUAAAGACGGUAAAGACGGUAAUGGUAAACCACAUCAUACAAAGGGAAAAGGAGGAGCUAUACACAAAGAUCAACAAAAACAUCUGUAUGAUACAAAAUCCGAAACUGCAGAAAAGAUGAAUGGUUACAACAGCUAUAGCGCGUACACAGGACCGACACAAGUCUCAGGAUCUAGCGGCUUUACGUGGGUGAAAAGACGAAAACCAGAAGUUUCAUCAAUAUUAUCAGACGGCCCAAAAAGCAAAAUCAGUGCAAUGGAUCCAACCUUUGCCAAAGGCACAUAUGAUUUAAUGAAAAACGGGACAGAUAUUUCAGAAAGGAAACAUACUUGCAACACAAGCCAUCGCGACGAGACUUCCAAGUAUGCACAACCAAAGCACCAGGGUCGUAAUGGUCAAUCGUUUGAUGUAGCUGAUAUAUACAGUUCCAAUUAUAACAUGGAUUUUGAUCUCGCGGAUAAAACCGAUGCUCAUACAAAUCCACAGGACCAUAUGAACAAUGGUGAACCUGUGGAGCUAUCAGUACCAACUAUGACUCAAACAGAUAACAAUGUCGAGUUAAAUUGGGACGAAAACAACAAGUGGCGACAAUCUCUUCGUAAAUCAAGGUUGGGAAGAGACAAAUGA